AUUGAGUAACCGGCGAAGAAAAUCGAGAAAAUCAAACACACUCAAAUAAAAACAAACCGUUCCCCGCAGUGGAAAAAGCAAAAUAAUGUCCGCAACCUCCAAGGUGGUGUUCCUGGGAGCCUGCGUCGUUUCGCUGGGUACCAUCGGUUACGUGCACUACCGCCAGACAUCGGACAGAGCAAAACUGCACGAGGGCGUCAUCCGGGACAUUCAGCGCCAGCAGCAGCGCAAGAUCGAAAACAUCUACAACCUGCAGCAGCAGAAUGAGCUGACCAAACAGUUGAAACAGGAGCUGGAGAGUCGCGAGCAACAGGCCGCCGCCGGGGGAGGUUGAGGUCGAGUUUUCGAAUUGACUGAGUUGUAUUAAAUGUUAUAUAAAAACGAGUCGUUGAUAGAGUAGUAA